UCCAGGCUUCUCCCCUGCCACAGCAGAGGGAGGGAGAAGGAGAGAGCAGAAGGAUCCCUGCACUGACAGCAUCCAACACCCGGCUCACACCUGCAGCAGGCAAACCAUGAAGACGAGCUUCUUUGCUCCUACAGCCACUUCACCUUUGAUUUGAAACCUUUACCCACCUCCAGCAGGGAUGAUGGAGGAGCAGUACAUUUCCAAACUCCACCCGGUAGUGGAUUAUGGAGCUGGGGUCUUUCUUCUGAUCAUAGCCAUCCUGACAAUCCUUGGAAAUUCAGCUGUCCUUGCUACAGCUGCAAAACGCUCUUCCCUCCUGAAGUCACCGGAGUUGCUCACAGUGAACCUGGCAGUGGCAGACAUUGGGAUGGCCAUCAGUAUGUACCCGCUGGCCAUCGCCUCCGCCUGGAACCACGCCUGGCUGGGAGGAGAUGCCUCCUGCAUUUACUAUGCCCUUAUGGGCUUCCUGUUUGGAGUCUGCAGCAUGAUGACCUUGUGUGCCAUGGCUGUGAUCCGGUUCCUCAUCACCAACUCAUCCAAAUCCAACAGUAACAAAAUCACCAAGAACACCAUCUUCAUCUUGAUUGCUUUCAUCUGGCUCUACUCCUUGCUCUGGGCCAUCCUGCCCUUGGUAGGCUGGGGCUACUAUGGCCCUGAGCCCUUUGGCAUCUCUUGUACAAUAGCCUGGAGCAAGUUCCACAACUCCUCCAAUGGCUUUUCAUUCAUCCUGAGCAUGUUCCUCCUGUGCACAGUCCUGCCUGCGCUGACCAUCGUUGCCUGUUACUUGGGAAUUGCCUGGAAGGUUCAUAAGGCCUACCAAGAAAUCCAAAAUAUUGACAGGAUCCCUAAUGCAGCCAAACUGGAGAAGAAGCUGACACUGAUGGCCGUGCUCAUCUCUGUGGGGUUCCUGAGCUCCUGGACCCCGUAUGCGGCCGCCAGCUUCUGGUCCAUCUUCAACUCCAGCACCUCCCUGCAGCCCAUCGUGACGCUGCUGCCCUGCCUGUUCGCCAAGUCCUCCACAGCCUACAACCCUUUCAUUUACUACAUCUUCAGCAAAACCUUCCGCUGUGAGAUUAAAAAGUUGCAGUGUUGCUGUGGCUGGCGAGUCCGUUACUUCAGCUCCGACAACUCCGCGGAGAAUCCCGUGUCCAUGAUGUGGAGUGGGAGGGACAACGUCCGUCUCUCCUCGGCGGUCAAGCUGGAGAACCCGGGAGCUGCAGCUCGUUGAAACGCAGCCGCGGGUUCACAGCACAGGUCAAACCUGGGCUCAGUCCUGGGCCUAAAUAAGUAGGGAUGCAGCACGUGGGAUUGUCACUGCACAUCUUAUGCCAAAUACAGAGGUUUAAUUAUACAUUUUUAAGCAACUCUCAAAUAUUGGCUUUAGACUACACAUAAAAAAAUCUAUUUUUUUUUAAAAACUUCCACUUUAGAGGAAAUAGAUUUAUGUACUAAACAUAAAAUCACGUAAACUAAACUUAUUUUCAGGGAAGCAGCUAUAAUUAAAAGGGAAUUUAUUAUUUUUGUGGUUUUUUUCUUAUACUCCUGAUUUUUUAAUGCAAUUUAUCUGCCAGCUCUUGGCUCCAGCAGUAAAACAGCCAUCAGAGGAAAUCAUAGGUUGCACACAAAGUGUUACCAAAUAAAUACAGCUGAGAGUGUAACUUUCAAGCAAUACAGACUGAAAACCAUAUGGGGAGCAAGAAAUAUUCCCUGCCAGGGAAAGAUGGUAACGUGGCUGCUCUCAAAGUGUCUUGUGGUUCCUUGCUCCCUCAGAGGUGUAGUUCCAACUCCUCAAAACACAAGUUCAAGGAGUCGAGCAGCCUUAGUUGGAAGAGGUUAGGUGGGAACGUGGCAGCCAGUGAAGAAUGCCUUCUGUGUGUCCCAAAUGGCACAGUGGGAAGUGAAGGAUGCUCCCAGCAGAAGGAAUGGUGCACUCGGGCGGUUUCUGGAUGAGGCACAGCAGCUUUUCUGCCAUGAAAGCUGUUGGAGCAUUUGUUUUAAAUCAUGAUCGUUAGCGUUGGAAAAGACCUUUAAAAUCACCAGCCCAGCACCCCCACCAUUAAGCCAUGUCCUCAAGUGCCAUACCCACAUGUUUUCAGAACAAUUCCAGGGAUGGUGACUCCAUCCCUUCCCUGGGCAGCCUGUUCCAAUGCUUUACAACCCUUUUUCUGGAGGAGUGCUCUGUAUAGGAUGACACAAGGCAUCCUCAAGAUAACCUGACCAGCAGUAAAUUGUCCUGCAGUGAGGUCUUGGCUCUCAUGGCUUCCAUGGGAGCUCCUGAGUUCCCCACUGGCUGGGGCUCUGAUAUGAUUGCCACUGAAGACAGAGUCUGCUGAUUCAGUUUAAAGGAUAAGUACAAUCACACCAGGUUUAGCCAAAGAGAUUCUGGGGUGGAACUGAUGAGCUCCUAGAGCUUAAAUCUUUCUCCAACUUACUGUCUGUGAUUUUAAAGGACACAAUACCUACCCUCAGGGUUUGAAAUCUCCGACAAAAUAUGGGUUGGUGGCUGCAGCAGCUCUUGCUUCCCCUGACCACAUAGAAUCAGAGAAUGGUUUGAGUUGGAAGGGACCUGAAAGACCAUCUCAGUUCAAUCCCCCUGCCAUGGGCAGGAACACCUUCCUGGUCUAGUGGAACCUUCACCAAACCUUUGCAUUGGGUUUGGUGGAGGCAAGAAGAGUUAAGUCACAGGCAGCUUUGGCCCAGAUUUUAAACAACAAUAGUGAAUGGACUCUCAGUUCUUGAAAACUUUUGCCACACUCAAACCGUGAUAAUUAGUUCCAUUUUGUAAAUUGCAGCUAAGGCCAAGUGUGGGAUUACAAAUAGGCUUAAAGACUUCUGUGGCUCUGAGAAUUCCUGUUACAUGUCUGGAUUACAAAAGAACAAAGAAAAUUAGGCAGGAGCUGUGACAUACACUAAGGCACUAAGUAAUUCCUAAAUUGGGGAUUAGAAAAUGAUAAGGAAAUCCCUUGAAAUCCUGCACUGGAAGUGUCGUGAGCACUAAAGUAGCUUUGUUUUUAAAAAUUUGUGGAAAAUCCCUAAAUUAAGUUGGCCUCCAGGACAUUAUCUUGUCCUGGGUUGUCACUCACAGAUGCUCCAUAUGGAACAAGGCUGCACUCAGCCUUCUCUCCAAAUACAGUGAGGUGAAGCAUCCUCUGGAAAACAGUCACCUCCAACAGCCCCUGGCAUGUGAAAAUGGGAAAAGGGGAGAGGAAUGUGAGGAGCAGGAGAAAACACCAGCAAGUGAAAGGGGAGUAUGUGAAAACUGAAGGAAAAUCUAUGGGAAGAAGAGGCAGGAGAGCCUUAUGCAAGUGUGGAAAGGGACUUCUCAUGGCAAAUGUCAACUAUCAGUACUUUUUCAGCUUUAAAAAGUAACCUGAUGGUAAAUGAAACUGUAAUUCAACCACCACCUCCUCAGAGUUUUUGCUCAAUUGCUUGAUGUUUAAAAUAAAGAGUAAAAUAAAUAUUCGUAUCAGCUGAUUGCAGAUCAGUGACUGGAACAAGGACAUCCAAGUUAAUAAGGUAGCAUAAUGGGAGCUUCUGCUGGGAAAAACUUAGGAGCAGAACAGGUCCACAUCCCUUUGUAAAUGCUUUUAAAGUGUAUGUAACAUGAAAAAUAUGCCACUCUAUAGCAGGAAAAACUCUGUAACCCCCAAAGAGCUGUAUCCUGUUCAUGUUUAAAUACAACACUUUAAUAGCCCAAUCUAUUAUUAACUGUUUAUGUACUUAAUUUUUAAAAAUCCAAUCCAGGUGUUUGUGUAUCAAAUAUGGCUCAAAUUUAUUUUUCGUUUUUCAGACUCAGUAAGAAGCAAAUCCAAACUUCUCCAGUAGAAACUCUGAAUCAUAGGUGGGUUUAUCUUAUAUAUAGGAAAUUUAAAAGGCAGGGCUGCCCUUGACCAAAGAUCCAGGAAAGCCAGUAUAGCAUGAAUAUCAGGGGACUAGUUGUUUUGGGUUUUUUUUA